CUUAUGACCAUCAUUACUCCAGUCACAUCUCGUUGCUGUAAGCGAAAUUUGUUUAUUAAUUUCAUUAUUAUUUUUUUCUUUUUUUUAAUCGUGUAUGUGUAAUGUGAUUAUUCAAUGAAGUGACUUAUGUUGUCCCAGUGAUAAAAGGCAUCAUGCCAGAGCUAACUAUAUGGUAUUUAUUUUUACUUCCUUUACUUCUACAAGAGGGAUUUUCAUACCGCUGCGAACGCCGACCUUAUGGAUCGCUGACACAACCAUCGGCACCGGAUGGCAGGUUCAAGAUGGUCGUCGAGGGAGCAGACGACAGCUAUAUGCCAGAUCAACUCUAUAUUGUUAAGCUAACGGAAACAGAUGGCGAAUCCAGGUUUAUAGGUUUCAUGAUAUCUGCUGAAGGUGAUAUUAAGCAGGAUCCCAAAAAUCCUAGAAAAAUAAUUGCCCUGUCACCAGGCGACUUGCGGCCGCAAAACUUGUUUACAGCGAAAUUCAGCGAUCGCUGUCUCAAUUCUGUGGAACAUGCUUCCGCUACUCCGAAAUCAAUUGUUGAGGUUUAUUGGCAAGCACCUUCAUCAGGAAAUGGGUGCGUUACAUUACGAGCGAUGGUAGCUGAGAAUGAAGAAGAAUGGUAUGAAGAUGGAGCGCCAUUAUCUUUAAAACUAUGUGAAGAUAUGCGACAACCAGACGACGUAACGCCUCAACUAAAUUACGAAUGUGAUAUUUGUGACGAGGCUAAAUAUGAGCUUUCUUUUACUGGAAUUUGGUCGAGGAAUACUCACCCGCGUCUUUAUCCUGAAAAUGAUUGGAUUCCAAAAUACAGUGAUCUUGUUGGAGCAUCACAUGCCCUAGAUUAUUUUCUCUGGGCUCCUGGUUCUCUAGCUACUGAUGGAAUAAAGGAAAUGGCGGAAUAUACGAACACAUCUAAAUUAGAACUAGAAAUAAGACAAAAGAUUGGUGAUGGAGCAAGAACGUUAAUAAAAGGAAAAGGACAUGGGUACCGUAAAAUGAACAAUCCAACAUACGCCUUCUUUCGGGCUGAUAAAACUAAUCACCUCGUAACUGCUGCUAUUGGAAUACAUCCAUCACCUGAUUGGUUUCUUGGGGUCAGCAGAUUUGAGCUGUGUCAAAAGGAUAAUUCGUGGUUACCAGAAAGGGAGUUAAAUUUGUAUCCUUGGGAUGCAGGAACUGAUAGUGGUGUAUCUUAUGAGUCGGGUAAUUUUCCAACGUUUCCUCAAGAUUCGAUAUCACGCGUACAAACUAGUUCAUACGACAAAAACUCGCCAUUUUAUGAAAUGGACAUGAAGGAUCUGCAUCCGUUUGGCAAACUACACAUUAAACUAAUCAAAACUUACCAAAAACUGUGUGAAAGUGAAGAAAAUAAGGAGAAUCAAACGGAGCCAUCUACUGAUGAAACAACAACAACAACAUCAACCACCGUAACUGAUGAAACAGAAGAACCAGGUGAAGAGAGGCCUUCAGAACCGGACGAGCCUUCCAGGUAUCAAUACACAGAUUCUGAGCAUCGUGGUGAAGCACCUCUAGUCACUGACCCUGAGUCUUCAGAAGACUGUCCAAUGACGCAAUGGAUGGAUUGGGGUCCUUGUGAAGGAUCAUGUGAGGGCAGCAGAGUUGUUGGUUACAAGGCGAGGGAAAGAUUCCACCUGGUUGACGGUGUAGCUGUUGAAAAAUAUGAUCCCAAUGUGGAUCCCUCAACGAGGAAAGAAGUUCCGAGGUUUUGCAAGAACCAUUAUGAAGACUUCGAAAGGAGAGAAUGCGAGGAUGAUUGUAUCGAUCUAAAGGAAAGCAACGAAGUGCGAUAGAGUUCUCUAGACAUAUAUUUUAUAAGCUGUUUACUUGCAUUUGUAAUUAGUAUAUGAAGUUUAUAUAGCUUACUUCUUAUGUACCGUGUAACUUUGUUUUUAAAUAUAUUGUACUCC